AUGUCGACGUCGAAUCCAGAUAACUCCACUGACAGCCCACCAGACGUAUCCAAGACGGGUGAUACUUAUAAAAGUGGAACACAAACUACAAAUACCGAUUCCCUGGAGACGAAACUAUCAGAUGAUGGUCCUAAGAAAACGGUGGAUUUGAGUCUUAUUCCAACUGUUUCGCAGAACAUGGAGAAAGAUAAAGAUAAUACAACAUUGGAUGAAGACAGAAAGUUUGAUACUGGAGUAGGUAUAGCGGACAUCUUGCGGGACCAAGCAAAGCGGGCGGCAAUGCAAAGGGGGUCCUGUGAGACGCCGGUCACUAAUUCUGCCAACCUGUAAAGGUCCCUAGCAACCGACACCAUACAGAUCGAGUUCCUUCUCAGCUGCCUCGGAAUGUCCGUCGGCCUUGGAAACAUUUGGCGUUUCCCGUCCCGUGCCUAUGAAAAUGGUGGUUCGGUCUUUCUCAUCCCGUACAUCACAUGUGCAUUGCUCUUCGGUCUUCCCGGUGUCUACUUGGAGUUUGCGAUGGGUCAAUAUCAAGGAAGAUCGCCUCCGUUUGUGUAUCGAAGAAUCAUGCCAGCGCUGGAAGGGUUCGGAUGGGUGGCUGCGUGUUUGGCGACAAUUGUGAGCAUUUAAUUCAUGCUUCUCAUGUCAUGGAUCAGUGUCUACAUGUAUAAUGUGGUCAUUGGGAAUUCCGGAUAUUGGAGUCACUGUGAAAAUAAGUGGAACGAUAGAUCGACCUGCUUCGACAUUCCCGCUCAAAAACGAUGUAAUGGUGCGAAGCCCUUCGGCUGGAACCUCACAAACCCCAUCCCGAAGCGACUCAUCUUCAUGAACGGGUCUUGCCACGACUUUAAAGACUAUGCAAAUGUAAACCUCACAGGUGCCUCUGAGCAGUUUUUCAACAACUACAUUGUAAAACCUUCAAAGGGACUAUUGGACAUCAACUCUAUCAACUGGCCAAUUUUCAUUGCGAUGUCUGUUGGCUGGACUUUGACUAUUCUUUUGAUAUUCAAAGAAUGAAGUUCAUUAGAAAAAUAUCAUAUGUCACCGUAAUUCUUCCGUAUAUCCUUAUCAUUGUGUUACUCAUUCGUGGAGUAACCUUGGAAGGCGCCGGUGAUGGGCUCAAGUAUUUUUUGGCAAGAACGGAUUGGGUGGCACUAUACAACUUUAAAACCUGGAGCGCUGCGCUGACUCAAUUGUGCUUCUCUUUGUCAAUUGGUUUUGGUGUUCUCAUGAAUACUGCAUCCUAUAACAAACAGAAUCAUCGAUGCUUUCGGGAUGCUAUUUUCCUAAUAAUAGGCGACACUGCCAUGUCCUUAAUCGGUGGAGCCGCUGUUUUUUCAACACUUGGGUAUUUGGCCCGAGAACGUGGAGUUACUGUAGAUAAAGUCGUGACGGAUGGAACGACGCUUGCAUUUAUCGCCUACCCGGAUGCAAUGAAUCAAAUGCCGUUUCCCGGGCUGUGGAGUUUCCUCUUCUUCUUUAUGUUGUUCUUGUUGGGGAUUAGUACGUUGCUUGUUAUUGUCGAGGUGAUGUGCACGUGCCUUUGUGACAAGUUUCCUCGACUUCGCGAGAAACGAGUCUUCGUGGUGAUUGGAGUCUGUUUCCUUCUUUUCUUGUGUGGUGUCAUCCUGACAACUGACGCUGGAAUCUACUGGUUCGCGCUCUUUGACGAGUAUGGCUCAGGAUUCGGAGCGUUGAUAUCGGCUACCUCUAUGUGCAUUAUCAUUUCCUACAUCUAUGGAAUGCGAAACUUCCGGGCGGAUAUCGCGUCAAUGUUGGGUCGUGGAACGCGAAUUUCAAACAUUUUCGGCCACAACAGCCCGUAUUAUGGAUUCAAUUGGAUGUUCAUUAUGCCGAUUUUUGGAUGUGUAUUGAUCUUUUUGACGGCUAACCGAGGCUAUCCGUUCAAAGGAGAAUCAGCUGUUUAUCCAGUUGUUUUUGAUAUCGUCGGAUGGCUUUUGGCAGUGUUUCCGUUUAUGAUGGUCCCGGUAAUUGCGUUGUGCACUUAUAUGGAUUUCAAAAAGCGUGGAAUUCCGAUUCGCGGGAUGUUCUUGCUCCAAAAGAGCCAUCCAUCCUACCCAAGAAUCUCGAGAGGCUGGUCAGAAGAGAAGCGGAGUGUCGGAGCACAACUCCCAUCGUUUGAGCCCGGAGAAGAAGAGUUUAAGAGUCAAGAGCCAGGCUAUGGGCCAGUGUGA